AUGCAGGUGUUCGUCAAGACCCUCACAGGAAAGACGAUCACCCUGGAGGUGGAGUCGUCCGACACUAUCGACAACGUUGAGUCCAAGAUCCAGGACAAGGAGGGCAUCCCUCCCGACCAGCAGCGGUUGAUCUUUGCUGGAAAACAGCUCGAAGAUGGGCGGACUCUGGCGGACUACAACAUACAGAAGGAGUCGACUCUUCAUUUGGUAUUGAGACUAAGAGGUGGCAUGAGAGUGGCGGUUGACAUUCUGGUGGGAAACUCGGCAGAGACUACUCUGGUCCAGGUCAAAACUAAAUUCGACGAUGAAGAGUUCCAGCAUAUGCUCAACCUCGCCUCUCUGGGCAGAUCUUUCAAUCCGGAGCAAUUCUCUUUCGAAUUCAAUUUCAAGCCUCGUGAUGAUUUACUCACCUUGAGGACUCCGCCGUCCUCAGCUCCUCUUCAGGCCAGCCGGCAGCCGAGAUUAGCCACUCCUUCGCAACCUCCCCCGCCUGCACCGGCGACUAGAAAUGCUGUUGCUGGUCCUUCAAGGCGGACAGAUCAGGAUGCGGAGACGAGUCCUACGAACCCCCUUCCUGUUCGACAGCCAUCUGUACUCCCUCCUGUGGUUUCAACAGCUGCGACCUUACCUCUGUCACAGACCGGGGUCUUGGGCCCUUUCGCCACAUCUCAGCACGCAGCGGAGCAAUCAGUCCAAGAUGUUGCCACAGCCCCUUCAGUAUCUCAGCCAAGAUUUCAAUCACCCACAUCUUCGAAGCGUACCUCUAGUCCAGACAAGGCGGCUUCGACCGAGGUCUCGCGACAAGGCCGGUCUCCGCCGACAUCUAUACCCGCAGCUCCAGAGGCCGCUGGUAGCUCGACGCAGCGUUUCCGUUGCGGUAGCGAACUUGACUUCGCUAUGGAGCUGACACCCGAUUCCGAUGAUAUCGAGGAUCCGUUCCAGAUGUCUUCAGCAGAGACAAGACCGACGGCACCGUCGUCUUCAGCCCAACCUCAACCCGAGAAGCCGGAACAAAAACCAUCCCGUCCUCAGACCAUUCCUUCCCCGACCAGACCUCAGUGGGCAACGGAUAACGUCUCAAUCCCUCCGGCUCAGAGUGCUCCUGUUAUCCCCCCGACAAAUUCUCUGCCGUCCUCUUCUGCCCCUGCGCAAGACGACGGCGAAGACUCUGACCAGGACAUAUUGGCUCUCUACGCCCAGUCAGAGCAAGAGGACGAGUUGCAAGACGACGCAAGCUCUGGAGGAGAGACAGCGACUCCGCAGACGGUCCAGGGAACGGUCCAGGGAACGGUCAAGGACGAGCCUCGGUCGAGUCAGGUGGGACGGUCGGUUGAGGCGCCUGCAGAGGCCGACGCUGGGCCAUCGUCAGUGAACAGGACAGACGCAUCGACCAGUACGGCCGAGAAAGACCUCCCGGAGAUCAUACCGAUCAUCAUAACCGACAGCGAGACUAAACAAACUUUGACCCUCCAGGUCCCACGCUCCAAUACGAUUCUUCAGCUCAAGCAGGAGAUUUACAAAACCUUCCCCUACCGACCCGUCUAUCAACGACUGUGGAAUCUGGAAGCGGGGGAGGUCUUUGAUGAUGAUGAUGAGAUAGUGGGGAACUGUGAGCUUGAAGAUGGAGGCCGGAUGCAGUUGCUGUUCAGGCCUCUGAAUUUCAUUGUGCGAUAUAGAGAGCGUUCUCUCCCAAUGCGGUUCCUCAAACCGACCACCACUAUCAAAAGACUCAUGAGCAUGUUGAUGAUCACCGACAGGAUCGACUUUGGACAGGGCGGGCUCGUCAUUGACGACGACGACGACGAAGUGCUGGAUAAGGACCUGACCCUAAUGCAAUGUGGGAUCGAGGAUCUCUCCGUGUUGAAGGUCUUGAAGAUAGAGAAGCGUCCAAGUCAAGGUCAUUUCCCUAAACAGGUCACAGUCCUUGACAGUGCGAAUGGACGCAAAGUAACUAUCCCCAACACUUCCUUGUUCACCACCGUCGCCGCUAUCCGAAACAAGAGCCUUUCCAUGCUCAAUUUGACCAACUGUUUGACGCUGCAGGUUGUCUUCAAGGGAAGGGUGCUGGACGGCAAGACGCCGAUCACGGAUCUUGCACUUGAGCCGGAUGAUAUUUUUCAGCUGGUUGACGAUGGGCCGAUCACAUUUGAGGUCAAAAACAUUGCAAACAACCCCUCUCCUUACAUCGCAAUUGCCUCUCUUCGCCGGACAGAUUCGAUUGACGUCCUCAAGGACCAUCUGUACGAGCUCUUCAAAAUACCCGUCAGUGACCAGAAGCUCUGGAUCAAUGCUCGUCCCGUGCCAGAUGAUCACCUCAUCUUGGACGAGUUCAAGCUGUCGGAGCAGAAAAAAUUGGUAGUCGGGAGCAAGGCGCAUUCGCCAAUCUUGUGCAAAACGCCGAAUGGUGAUAUGCCAUUGUUCGUGUCGUUCAAUGACAAGGCCGGGUCUUUGAGGAGUGUCCUUCGUCAUCACAGACGGGUGGAUUUCUCUACCCAUGAUCUCGUGUACAAUGGAGUGAUCCUCAGUGACGACUCGCGUACGCUAGGGUCGUACGGGGUUGACGCCGAGUAUCCUGUAUGUGCUGAGAAGAAGCAGGCGAGCGAGCCUGUACAGAGUCCUGCCCAGGGGCCCGUUCAAGAGCCUGUUGAAGAACAGGCGGUGCAGGAGGAGGCCAAUCUUACAAUAUCUGUCCGAAAUCUUUUGGGCGAGUACCGUGAAUAUAAAGUAAAACCAUCCAUGGGCGUCAACGACCUCAAGAUUGCCAUCAAAGCUAGAGAGAAUGUGGCUGUCUGCUUCCAACGUUUGAUGCGGCAGAAUGUGGAGAUCAAGGAAGGGACCUUGAAGGAUUGUGGGAUAGUAGACGGGGAUAAGGUCGUUGUGGUGCGGCGCCUGAGACCACGGGAAAGUGAGAGCCGUCCCUCGCCCGAGGGGUCGAGUAGUCCGAGUAAAAGGCGGCGAACAGAAUGAGGGGACAUCACGCGUGCGUUGUAUAUAUUAUCGUAUCUUUUCAAUCUCUUGUCACCGUGAGUAUGAGGACUGUAUGCAUAAUCGAAUGGGGUUGAAUGUAAGAGG